AUGCCCGCUCGGAGCUCGGUCAAACCAGGAUCCGGUAUAAAGCAAAACUACCACAUAGCUGCUAGUCAGCCCAAAAUCUCCCACCCCCUCGAGAAGCAGCGCCCUAGACUUGCCACCCACGUCGAGAUUCCUCCCAACCGCAAUAAUGGCUACCAGAGAGCUAAGGGCUUCCCGUGCUGCAGGUGCGAGUCCGUGUAUCGCAAGACUGGCACACACAAGUGGCUAGAAUACCUGCCUCAGCAUCGCCGCAGCACAGGGCAGCGCGCAUGCCUUGUGCCAAUCCUGGUAGGCGACAAGCCGGGCGCCUCGCUCAUGAGCCAGCCACUUGAGAGCGAAAAUACCGCCGUUUCGAGCUACAGCAGUAUUCUCAGAGAUCUUCCACCGCGGCCCCGAGUGCCCCCGCACCCGAUUACCGGUACUCCCACCCCGAAUGUAUUUAGCACGGUGCGGUGCGUGGGCCUCCUGGGCUUCUGGUAG